AAUAUAAAUCAUAGUAUUAUAAAAAUUAAUUUUAAUUUGAUUAUCUUUUUACCAUUGAUUUGAUUACGAAUGUACAAAUGAGGCAUCAACAACAAAAAGAUAAUCAAUGAUGAUUGACUCAACAAUGUCCACAUUUGAUGAGGCCAUUGAUAAUCAUACGGAAAAUGAUGAUGAUUGUAUUGUUGAAAAAUUACAAUCAUCAUCAUUAUCAUCGACGAAAAUGUCUGUAAAUAAUACUAAUAAUACUAAUAAUCAUAAUCAUAAUAAUCAUCAUCAUCCAACGAUAAAUUCGAACGAAAAUCCUGGCUUAUUUAAAUUAAAUCAAUUGGCUGAAAAUUGGUUAGAAUUAGAAUCCGAUCCUGGAUUGUUUACAUUGUUGAUAAAAGAUUUUGGAUGUCCAGGUGUUGAAGUAGAAGAAAUUUAUGAUUUACAAUCAUCAUUCGAUAAUAUGGAUCAUGUUUAUGGUUUUAUAUUUUUAUUCAACGUUAUUGAAGAACGUCGAAAUCGUUGUAGUCAAAGAAAUUCUAUUGUAACAGUAAAUGCAACAGCUUCAACAUCAACAUUAUCAACAACAACAUCGACAACCACAAUCAAUUCGAAUGGUCUUAAUUAUCAAUCACCAAGUUGUUUAUUAAGUGGUAAUUUUAUUGAUGAUCCAAAAUUUCUAAAUGAAAUGUUUUUUGCUCAUCAAAAAGUACCAAAUUCUUGUGCAACUCAUGCUAUAUUAUCCAUAUUGUUAAAUUGUUCACAAUAUUUAGAUAUUGGUCCAAUGCUCAAACGACUCAAGGAAUAUACGACUGAUAUGACACCCGAAGAUAAAGGUUUAGCCAUUUCAAAUUUAGCCGAAUUGGCUAAAGCACAUAAUUCACAUGCUACACAUAUGUAUAUGGUAAAUGAACGUGAACAACAUCAUCAUCAUACAACAUCGAAUGCUAUAAGAAUUUCACAACGUAAUACUAAUUCAACAAUGGAAGCAUUUCAUUUUGUAUCAUUUGUACCGAUUAAUGGUCGUUUGAUUGAAUUGGAUGGCCUAAAAGAACGACCAAUUGAUCAUGGAUUGAUUGAUCCAUUAAAAGAAUCAUGGAUGGAAAAAUUUCGUCGUUUAGUACGGCAACGAAUUGAAACAUCAGCCGAAACAACGGUUGCCGGUGAUAUACGUUAUAAUCUAAUGGCUGUCAUACCGAAUAAAUAUGAUUGUCGUCAACGAUUAUUGAAUACAAUGGAAUUUAAUCGAUCAUCAUUAUUGAAAACUAUUCAUCAGAUGGAAUAUCAUCGUAGUAUCCAAAUGCGUUAUGAACAUAAUUAUUCAAAUAUUGAUUAUCAAAAUUUCAAUGAUAUUGUUGAUUGUUCAACAACAUCAUUUCUACCUGAUGAUCCACUUAAUAGUCAGAUAAAAUUGACUGCCAAUUCAUUGAUAUUUGAUGAUAAUCAACAAUCAUCAAUUAUGGAAACAUGUGAUGAUAAUGAUAUUGAUGAUGAUGAUGGUACAUCCACCGAUACAGCUUCCGAAGCUAGUUCAAGUUAUAAUUUUUCUCCACACAAUACUCAUCAAAAUGAUGAUGAUGAUGAUGGUGAAAAAUGUACAAAAUUUUUCAUCUGUAAAUUUGAUAAAAAUAAUGAUCAUAAUAAUCCUGCAUUCGAUAGCGAUGAUGAUGAUGAUUAUUCAACAGCAACAACAACAACGAGUGAUGAUGAAAAGAAUUUGGAUGAAAUUUCUGCCGAAAUAAUUGAAGAUAUUCUUAAGAAAAUUAUCGAUACAACUGAUGAUUCUUUUGAAUCAGAAUCUGAAAAUGAUGACAAUGAUCAUUCUUGUAAAAUUAAUAAUAGAAAAUGGAGAAAAAAGAAAAAUUUAAAACGAAAAUUUUUAAUAAAAACAAGAAAGAAAAAAAGAAAAAACAUUCAUAAUAAUAAUGAAGAAGAAAUGAAACUUAUUGAAUCUAUAAUCAAAGAAAUUGGUCUCAAUUCUCAAACAUUAUCACCAACAUCAUCGCCAUCAGUCGAAACCCAAACAACUGUGAAACAAUCAACUAAAUCAUCUACAAUAUUACAAGAUAUUGUUCAUCUAAUAGAAACAUUAAAUCAUCGAAUAUUACGUUGUCAACAUGAAUGUGUUGAAGAAAAACAUAAACUUGAACGAUAUGCAAUUGAUGUUAAUCGUCGUACACAUGAUUAUGAUAAUCUAAUACAAACAUUUUUAUCAAUGUUAUCCGAUCAAGGUUUAUUAGAUGAUUUACUUGGUUAUCAUCAUAAUGAUAAUAAUGAUAAUAAUAAUGAUGAAUGGUCAUCAAAUUCAAAUCCAAUCAAUUAUGAAUCAUCAUCUAUUUCAACCACUGAUUUAAUACCAUCACCAUUUGAUUUAGAUUCAAUUAGAAAUUCAGAAAUUCAUUCAACAACAACAACAAAUUUUUCCAAUCAUCAUAAUGAUAAUAAUAAUGAUAAUACAAAAUGCUUCCAAUAG